CGCGUCUUCUCGCUCGCGGGCAUGCGCUUACGGUCGCAGGACUUUGACAUCAGGGCAGCAAGAUGGCCGCCUCCAUGUGGGGCUCGCUGCUUAGGAACUUUCGCCAGGUGGUUCCAGCAUCGACUCCAGGACAAGUUCGAAGUUACUAUGUGGACUGGAAAAUGUUACGAGACGUCAAAAGACGAAAAAUGGCAUUUGACUACGCUGACGAGAGGCUGCGGAUCAAUUCCAUUCGCAAAAAUACCAUUUUACCCAAGGACCUUCAGGAGGUGGCUGAUGACGAAAUAGCGGCCCUUCCUCGGGACAGCUGCCCUGUCCGCAUUAGGAACCGCUGUGUCAUGACGUCCCGGCCCCGUGGGGUGAAGCGGCGCUGGCGUCUCAGUCGCAUUGUCUUCCGCCAUUUGGCAGACCAUGGUCAGAUGUCUGGCGUCCAGCGGGCCAUGUGGUGAUGGGACCUGAACCUCUGAAGCUACUGGUGAGGCCCGUGCUGCUGAGACAGACUGUCUUAAGAGAUGCAAACUUUCAAGGAAUCCAGUGUUGGGAUUUGAUUAGCCUGCUGUGAGGCCAUUUCCAAUGAAGGUAUUUUGAAACUGGCCAAGGGGAUAUUUUUCUCUUGGAUUUAACAGAUUGAACAUACUGUUUCCUGUGCAGGAUGUGAAAAGGUAUAAUAAUAAUAAAGUUUGUUUUGUUUUUCCCUGUGAAAAA